GCUGAGGCUACAACAAGUAAAAUAAGCAAGACUAAUUGGUGAUCAGGGUGUUGCAUGUUAAAGGUCAGUAUUUCAUAGUGAUCAAAGUGUGCCAUAUGAUGCAAUUUGUGUUCAAAGUUUACACAAGUAUGAUUAAGAAUGACAUUUCAGUGAGAUCAACAAAAUCAGUUUAGAGUCAUGUUGAGUCAAGUUUUCAAAAUGUGCGGGUAGUUGCAUUUUUUUGUGAGUAGAAAAUGUAUUGAAACUGUCAAAUCUAUCAACCAAGAGGACAGGAUGUGUGACAGGUGGAGGUUGUUACAUCCCGACACUCCUUAAUAACUAUACCAAUUGAUUUUACUUGGGAGGGGGGGUCAGUUUUACAAAUUAGCCUUUAUUUUCUCUAUAUUUAAAGGUGAACAAUAUAUACGUCUAAACCUUCAAACCUACUGGUUUAUACAUGCAUAGAUGCACUAAUUCUCAUAGGGUAUGGGAACCCCACCUCCCAGGUGGGGCAGCGGGGGGUUGAUUGUUGGGAUUCAUCCAAUGAAAACAACUAAACAUUUUUACAUAAAUCAGGGUGGCACCAAGGAAAAGAAGUUCAGAACCAACACUUGUAGGUUUACCAGGCCUUUCCUUGGCAACAGGGCCAAAAUUGUACCCAUGCAUAUGCAGGGGUGGAAAGUAACUAAUUAUAUUUACUCACAUCACUCUAAUUGAGUAGCUUUUUAUAUGUACUUGUACUUCCUGAGAUAGUUUAAAAAUAAGUAAUUUCACUUUUACUCAAGAAUAUUUUGUGGAAAGAAUUUUACUUGACUACAUUUUAAAAAGCACCAAUGGCUGAUUAAAAAUGUUUAAUCUAAUAGACAAACAAGGAGGCCCAAGCCUUCUGUCUCUGAAAUAAAACAGAGCUCCAAAAGUCUGAAUUAUUUAUUGUAAAAUUGAAAUCCAACAGUAAGAAAAAAACUGCUGUUAAAAAUGGGAAAAGCAAAGCAUGGAGAAAAAAACUUCCCUUGACUUUUCAGGCAGUUCCAUAAUUAAUUGCAAGCUGAGAAAUCAAAACAAGCCAUUUUUUAUGUUUUUGUCUAAAUGACUCAGUUUUUAUUCUUUAUUCCUAAUUCAAUACCAAACCGCCUUUUCUGCGUUUUAUUUCCCUAUUUUUUCAAAGCAAUUGGGAAUCAGGUUGUUUCUUGGUUUUGGAUUUCAAAACAAAAAAAUAUUUGGCUGUGAAAUACAUUGACCCAUUAUAACAACCCAAAGUUGUUGCAUUUCACUUUAUUAUAAAGGUGUGACUUUGUGAACAAUGAUAUUUUUCUGUUACAUCUGUUCUGGUGUUUAAAGUAGCUAUUCAGUACUCUGAGUUCACUCUAAAAUGAAAUACUUUUUGCUUUUACUUCGGUAGAUUUAUAGACCUGUAUUUUGCUCUUUAUCUGUACUUUUACUUGUACAGUUCUCUUCUACUCUUUCCACCUCUGCCUAUAUGUAGUUACCCAAAUCCUUUAUUUUUCUCAAAAAAAAAAAUCUUAAUUUAAAUGAACAAAUAAAAAUAAAAUUGUAGGAUUAGAGAGCCAAAAUAGUUUCUAUUUGAGUUUUAUUUUAAUACAUUCAAAAAGGAUACUUAAGAGCUGCAAAUGAGCAAUAGGAAAAAUUAUUACAGAAUGCAUAAACUUAGAGCAGGUUCUCAACUUUUUUUCUUUGGAUGACUUUUCAAUGAGAUGAGAAACAAUCGGGCCAAAACGAAGCCCUAGGUUGGGAACCACUGACUUACAUGACAGUUCAGACUCAGUUUCCAACUUUUCUUUCCAGGAGAACAGUCCAUCUUUCAAAGUUAACAUGAUGAAAGAAGCACAUCAGACUAUGGUACAGUGACAUGGUGAAAAUAAUAAAAGCUGCUGCUGUUUUGAUGUAGUUGGAGGUGUCACUGCUGCUCGGAGCUGUCCACUGCCUGUGGUGCUGAAACCACGGCCCCCUUCACUGUCACUGCAGGCGCUAAAUUCUAAUCAUACGCUUAAAUAGACCCAUUACAUUCAUCACAGAUAACCCACUCUUGUGUUAAAUCAGCCACAUACGACAGGUUGGCAAAAUGAUUUCAUAAACUAGUUUUUUUCUGUAAUAAGCAAGCGUCCUAAAACUGUCCCAGUGCGUCGCUCAUUUCCCGAGCUGGUUACACAACAAGUGCGUAAACACAACCGGAAGGACAAUGAGCUAACGGGACUGACUAGUAGCGAAAGAUUUGCAUGUUUUAUUUUCAUCCGGGCUUUUCUUACCCGGAAAUACGCAUCUGUGCGCUAUGGAAAUCAUUAAAUCGAUGCUUUAGGGGUUUAGCUGGAAUUAAACAGCUUGAAGCCUAAAUGGACAAACAUGGCAGAGGUGGACACCGCAGAAGGCGACUCUGGUUCUGCCCCGCCUGGUUUGUUCCUCAACGAGGAGUACGAGUGCAAAAUCUGCUAUAAUUACUUCGACCUGGACCGCCACACUCCCAAACUGCUGAGCUGCUCCCACACCUUCUGCCAGGAGUGCCUGGACAUACUUCACUCCCGAGAGGGUCGAGGAUGGAGGAUCGGUUGUCCUGUUUGUCGCCACAAAACUCCUGUCCCGGAAUACCAGGUUCGCAAACUCCCCGACAACACUGUGCUGUGUGAAGCUCUUCCCCUGAAAACACAGGAGUUUGUGAACUCAGAUGUCCUCGUACCUGGCGCCGUAGUCUCCUCUGCUGUCUCCACAGAGAACAAUGAAAGCUGUCAGACCUGCAAACAGGUUGCGUUUAUGACAAUCUGCGCGUGCGCCAUCUUCUCCUUCCUGUCCAUGGUGAUGCUCCUGUUUGUGGGCCUCAUUUUUGUACACUUCGACGACAGCUCGAAGUCGCCCGUCGGGCCUGCCUGUUUAUUUACUGGCAGUAUUCUCGCUCUGUUUUCGCUCAUUCUCACUUGGGUAGUGUGCAUGAUAAAGUACCGACCUGAAACAGAGACGAGUAACUUCAGUUCCCCCACCUCAAAUCAGAUAUGAUCCUCUGCUGGGGCUAUCAAAGUUGGCAAGACUGUGGACCAAAACCCUUAUUGUUUGUAACAACACUGGAACUAGCUGUAAGUUAUAUCAGGGUAUUUGUAGCUUUUAAUUCAUACAGGGUUGUAAUGAGUAACCUUUGGUCUCAAGUGUGCACACUAUCCAAGAGCCAUAAAUAUUUGUGUAAAUGUCAACUUUGAGGUCAAUCAGCCUCCCUAGAUCAGAAGAAACUUUUAUGGUCUCAUUGUCAGUCCUCAUCAAAGUAGUUAGUGCCCACCCCCCAUGAAAAAGAUGUGAAGACAAACUAAAAAAGCAGACAUAGCUUUUAUAUAGGUGGUGGCACAGUACUUUUCAUGCAUGAAAUAUAAACUCUAAUUUUGUAGUGAUCCUGACGGUUUUGUCGAUGGCAAACAUGAAUCUCUCCACAGUUGCCUUAAUGCCCCCCCCCAAUCUAAAUUGUUUUAGCACCAACUCUGAGCCUAAUGAUGGCUAAUUUCAUUCAGGAGGCUCAGUGACAGGGUCCUGGUGCUGUUCAUGCUAGCUUAGUCUUGCUGGGUUUCAGAUAUUGAACAUAGUUAUCAUUAUUUAUGACACCUAGAAGUUUCCUCUGAUACAACUUAAAAUGUCUGCUGUGAACAAACUGUUAAACUGUAACAAUCCAAGCAUGCACUAUCUAUAGCAUAUAACCGACUGUGAAGCUUUAUUGUCCAUCUUCUGUUGUUUGUAUGCAUCCGUACUUCCUGUUUGACCCAUAGAUUAUAUACUGUAUGGAGAAGCACUUUGUGUUUAUUUGAGUCAAGAACAACUUUGAAAAAUGAUGUACUAUCUGUCAUAUGACUUUAACAUGCAUUACUAAUGGCAACCUUUGCACACACUGAUUUGACUGAAGAUAGAUAAUUACAGCCUUCUCGACCCUCUCCCAGCUUUUUCUGCACUGAAAUCUUGAAUAUUAAGAAUUUGAAGGUGCUAAAGAACCAGUGUAAUCAUUGCCAUGUUGUUGUACCAGCUAUGUGUAAGUUCUGCCUUAUCUCACCUAAAAGAACAUUACAUCUAAACUAAUCAAAAUACUAAAGCAGAAAUUGUUGCCAGUAAGACAUUUUUAAUGCAGUGCUAUUUCAGUGUUUUCUUCUGGAAAGAUUAAUGGGUGAAAAUAAUGUCAAUUUAUCUACCAUCAAUCCACAAAUAGCAGUGACAAUAAAGUCCCCCCUAUGAACACAGCAAGCCUGUGCCCUUAAUCUACUCUUACAGCCAGGGCCACUCAUAAGGGUGGGGGGGAGAGUGUCUCAUACAUAUUAGGGCAGUAAAAAGAUAACAAUUUUUAAUUGUGAUUCAUCUCAGAAUUUAUGUAGUUAAUCGCUAUAAAUCGUACCCUAUUUAUAGAAUUUAAAGAUUCCACAGUUUUGCAUUUAAAAGUGUUUUGUGUCAUUUUGGAUGUUUCUUCUCCCAGACUCCGAGUUCAGAAACAGACCACCUUUUAUAGGUGACUGAAGAUUUAAUCAUGAACUUAACCACAGAAAAUGGAACUUGUUAUGGAGUGAAAAGAAAAUAGGUGGAUAGUAAAAAGGUAAAUCUUUGAUAAAUGGAUAAAUGGUUCAGAUGACUUCUGACUUGUCCACUAAGCUGACUGUGAGUUUUUUAAAGUGAAAUGAGACAUUAAGGAGUAGUGGUGGACUUAUUUUACAUCACUGUGGCUGCAGGGAGAGCUGACACGGAUUAACCAAAGUUUGUGGAAAGCGACAACAAAGUCUGCAAUUAAUUAAAAAACAUUAGUUGCCGUAGUUAUGGAUUGUAGUUCAUUGUGAUUAAUGUGAUUAAAGUCACAUUUGACCACGUGAGAUUUGGUGUUUUUGAGAGACGAGACCAGGCCAAGACUCCUCAAGUCAGUGAACAGAAUCUGUUGGGUGUGUGGUGUGCUGCGUUGAUCCUCUUGUUCUACACAAAACAUGAACAAAAGUGUCAAAUCUUUGAUUAUUUGUCAGCAUGUGUGGGGGUCUCUCACAUUGGAAAAAGUCUGUUAAGAUUUUAAAAACCUUCAAGUGUGACAGGCUUAAGUUUAA